GGGGAAGAGGAGCGGCAGGGAGGAUUUAGCGACACAUGCCGCGGUUCCUUGGGCCUGUCUCGGCCCGGCGUCAGUAGAAAGGAAAGGAAGGGAGGGAGGGAGGAAGGGAGAAAGGAAGCGAGCGAGGGAGCGAGCAAGGACAUGGCGAGCAAAACAAACGUCAUAGAUAUGGCGUCGUCGUUGGCCGCUUCGUCGGCUUUGUCCGAUGCUGGCUGCGUCCGCAGACGAGGGUUGUGAUGGGGUUGAUUUCCUUGGAUUACCCCGAAGGAAGGUGAGAGGGAGAGUGAGUGCCGGGGGAGGCCCAGAGGGAGAAAGCGAGUGACGGGGAGGGGACUGGGAUGGGGAGAAGAAUGUGAUGUGAGUUUCAGCGAUGACCCGGGAGAAGCUUCUUAGAGGAUGAGUUUGGACCACGUCUCAGCAACUUCAGAAUAUAUCUAAAAGUGUUCCAGCUCUUAUGUUCGUAUUGUCAUCAUUUGCUGGAGCGUUUGCAUCGUUUAUCAGUGGUUCAAUCGCAUGUAUGGGUGGUUGUGUUGGAGGUUGUAUCAAACCCCCACCGGUAAUCACGUCAGAGAAACACCCGAAGAAGCAAAAGUUGCUGAAGAAAGGGGGACGUGGGCAUACGACCCACGCCCCGAAGAAGGACUGGUGGACUUCAAGUUCCAAUGAGAUGGAAAGCAACUCAACCAAUCCUCGUAGUUUGCAAAGGAAUACGUCGACCGUGAGCACACCUAAUCAUCAACAAGAGCCCAGAGGAAUCGCAAGCAAUUCCACCAACUCGACUUUUGUGAAUCAUGCAUUGAUGUUGUGGAACGAACGAAGAAGAGAAUGGAUCGGAAACCGGCCUCGACAUCGGGUUGCUCAGCCUCGAGAGCCAGUCAUAAGCUGGAGCACAACGUAUGAGGAUUUGCUUGCCACCAGCCGUCCUUUUCCCCAGCCUGUUCCUCUACCGGAAAUGGUGGACUUCCUGGUUGACGUUUGGGAGCAAGAGGGGCUUUACGAGUGAAGUUUUGACCAGAAAAGUCUUGCAGAUGGUUUUAGUUGUCUUGACCAGGUGGACUCGUCUGUGGAAUCUUGCAGCGUGUAGUUGUGUUCAUUAGCUAGUUAUGGUAGGGUGACAAGGGGAGGUAGUCCUGGUAAUCAUAUUUGAGGCGAAGGUCUCUGCAGGCAUUUUUGGGUCCGUCUAUUUCUUCUGGGGUAUCUUCUGGUGUAGUUAGACUUCAUUGAACUCGGUGCCUUCAGAGAAUUUCAUGCAAGUAAAGAGCUCUAAUCUAAGCUCCCUCUAAGAAUCAGGUUUGAGAAAGUUUGUGAAUCCAUCACCUGUUUGUCCCAUUGGCUUUGGUCUCGCGUGGGAGUUGGUGGGAAUUUUCAAAGGAUUGUAAGCUCCUC